UAUACAAGUUUAGAAGAAUUUGAAAAUGAUAUUUAUUUAAUAUUUUGCAAUUGUUAUAAAUAUAAUGAUGUUGAAAGUGAAAUAUAUAGUUUAGAUAAAGCAUUAGAAUGUAUUUUUAAUAAAAAUGUUAUUCUUCAAGAUAGACAAACAAGAGAAUUAAAAAAAGUCUUAGAAAAAACAAAUUCAAAUUUUAGAAUAAAAUAA